AUGUUGAGGACGACGGUUCGCACAUCAUGUCACAGUUUUAUAGUGGUUUCUUUACCAAGACUGGAAGGUCCUGAGACGCCUUCAGAGAUGGUACAUUUGCAAUUCGAGAUCAGGCUUUGUUCAGAAGCCCCAGGAGAAGGUGGUCGUGAGGAGGGUUCGAUGGAGCCUGCAGCGGCCGUUCAUGAUUUUCUCAGCUCGUUGACAAGCUCCUUCGUGGUGAACCGCAGCAGCUUGAGGAGCCAACAGCAGCUGUCAGAGCAAAUCCAGCAGCACUUCUCCGACCUCGAGUGCGAGUGGCUUCUCCUUCCGGUGGACCAGCUUUCAGGGGAGCUGUUCAACUUGAUCCAGCAGAGAACUGACCUGAAUGUGCUGAGACCAGAGGAAUCUUUGGUGGUAGUGUCGUCUACCACCGUCACUUAUCAUGUGCAUUUCAUUGAGGAAUACAGGUCGGAAGACGUGGAGGGUUCGGCUGGUGAUAUAGAGGAGUAUUUAGAGGAGUUGGCGCUCAGCGAUUCCCUGCAGUUUGCUUCCGAGCUGGAGCAGGUCCCUGCAUCGAGGGCAUCGGUGGAUGCCUUGGAGAGGAGGAAGGUGGAAGGGCAGGAGGAGAAUGCCCAGAUUAAUAGUUGUGUUGUUUGUCAAGAUGGAGUCAGCAACGGAGACUCGGUGGCUAAGAUGCCUUGCUCCCACGAGUUUCAUGAAGAUUGCAUCUCGACAUGGCUCAAACGAGCUCAUUCUUGCCCAUUGUGUCGCCUUGAGCUGCCCACUGAUGAUUGA